AUUCUCCAGUGAUUCUGUUUCCUUUACAUUUCAGCCGUUUGCUGUUUUUCACCUGAACAAAUUGCAGGAUUUAUUUAGACCUCCUGUGUUUAGGAUGUAGCUUCUGGUGAGCGUGAGGAUAAAGAUGAGCUAACAGCAGCAAACGGUUAAAAUCUCAUUUUGUAUUCCCAUCAUGACCUGCGUGUGUGAAGCAAACAGUGACGUCACUCAGCAUCACGGCGGAGCGGGUGCUGAGGGGAAAUAUAGGACACGGAGACGAGGAAGGAAGAGGAGGUCUGCAGCAGCAGGGAGAGAAGCAGACGGCAGCAGCUCUUCAUCAGAUAUCUCUAAAGCCCUGCAGGAUGAAGGAACUGCAGCGCCUCUCUCUGUUUGCAGUUUGACCAGGCUUCCUGAGCUCCAUCCCUCCUCUCUGACUCUCGGCAGCGAACGACGCAGCUGUUGCUGCAAACAGUCGGCAUCAUGGAUGGAUUCCGGCUGCCCCCCGUCAUCGAGGAGGUGCUGGAUUCCUCUGACGAGCUGUGUGACCUGAAGGAGGACAAGCCUGUCAUGUUGGCUGACACUCUGACGGCCAAGGAGAGGGAGUCCAUGGAGGAGAAGGAGGAGACCGAAGAGGAGGAGAAAGGGCAGCAGGAGGAAGACACGAAGUCAAAGGAGAGGGAGUCGGAGGAUGAAGAUCAGGGAGACGUGAUGGGGGAAGAGGAGGAGCUGGAGGAGCUGAGAGGUCAGGUGUUGCAGCUAGUUCUGGAGUUGGACGAGACCCGUGAGGUUUCACAGAGGCAUGAGGAGAGCUUCAUGGAGCUGCAGGGUCUGCUGGACGAGGAGCGGCUGGCGAGUGCUCAUCAGGCAGAGAGCUUCACCCGGCAGAUCCAGAGGCUGCAAGCUCAACUCUACUCAGUCCAAGAGGAGAUGAGCAGCCUGGAGGAGGAGAAAGAGAGUGAGCUGGAGGAGGUUCAGCAGGAGCUGCGCUCUGCCCAGGAGGAGGUGCUGAUGCUGCAGCAGGCAGCCGAGGAGGCAGCGGCAGAGAGGGAAAACGACAUUGCCUCCCUGCAGGAGGAGCUAUGCCGCCUGAGGGUGGAGCUGAAGCGUCUGCGAGACACCACCGCCGAGUAUGAGCUGGAGAUUACCACGCUGAGAGCAGAGAUGAGCAUGAAGAGCCGGGGCAUGGAGGCGCCAGGUGAGGUGACUCAGCUGCAAGAAGAGUUAAUUUCUCUGACAGACCAGCGUCAGAUCCUGAGCAGCAGCAACAAAGCGCUGAGCAACCAACUGGAGCAACUGCAUCGAGACGUAUGUGAUGACACAUACCUGGAAGUCAGAGCUGAGGGUCAAACUGAAGAGAAGGAGCAGCUACAGGCCGAGCCGUACAUCACUCUGUCCCAGUCCGUAACCAAACUGCAGAAUCCAGAGUCCUCAGAGGUCCAGGAAGAGAUCAGGAUCCUGAGGGGCCAGCUGAGGCAGGCUGAGGAGAUGGCCCAGAAGGUCCAGCAGGAGUGUGAAGGUCUGAGGAUGGAGCUGGAGGAGCUGCAGCGUCUGUUUGAACUCAGCCAGCAGGAGCGAGCAGCUCUGGAGCUCCAGCUGCAGAGCUGCAAGGCAGAGCUCCAGAAACUGAUGGGAAAAAAGUCGCAGAACUGCACCCGUACCUCCGAGCCCCCAGUUUUCUCCAUCCCCUUCAUAGGAUUGAUUGUAAUAGUGGCCUUGAUUUGGUGCUGGUGGGAGGAGCUGGCGUCCUAAGGGGGACCAGAAGAACGACUCAGAAGGAUGGAACCUGGCGGUGGCAGCGAUCGCAGUGGCGGCUAUUUUGGUUCUAGUGGUUCCUAGCUUCACCAGGGCCUGAGGCUAAACAGGAAGAGGCCUCACAGCGAGCUGUGUCGACCUAUCGGAUUGCUGUCAUCCAUCCUGCGCCCUCAUCCAUGUCGCCGUCCUGAUGUCUGCAUGAUGCAACGCCGCAACAUUUUGACCGAACCUUACCGGCGUCAGUGAGUUCUAGAGGGAGGCGCAGAGCAAUGUUUAGAAAACUGUUUAUGGUACAUGUGGGUCAGCGCUGAGCAGCAGGUCUCACAGCUCCGGGCUUUUCAAAACCACCACCAUCAUUAUCAAAUCUGUUCUUGUUUCAAAACCAAAACUGGACCAAAUUCUUUCAACUUUCAAUGGAGUUUGAGACCAAAAACAUGCA